AUGGGUGGAAUGGGCUCCAGCACAAAUAUGUCGUCUAUGAUGAUGGCGAUGAUGGUGCCAUAUCUGCACUUUGGCCCAGGAGAUCAUUUGAUUUUCGAAGCCAUUAAACCGUCGACUGGGGGUGCCGUUGCUGGCGCUGGCAUAGUCCUUAUAGUAUUCGCCAUUUUGGAGCGUCUGGUUGCUGCUUCUAGACGCGCUCAAGAGGUUUACUGGAUGCGCAAGGCAUCGGCUUUGAAGUCGUUAGCUGCUUCUCAGGCCGGAAUAGCUGGUCUAGCAGAGAAGCGCUUUGACUCUCCUGUUGAAGGUUGCGACGAUAGGGAGCUUAGGAUCAUCGCGCCGUUCAAUUUGAAGCACGAUGUCAUUCGUGGAUUGUAUCACGCCUUGCAGGCAUUGAUGCUUUAUGCCCUGAUGUUGGCUGUCAUGACGUUCCAGGCUGCCUACAUCAUAUGCAUUGUCGCUGGUCUGGGAAUUGGCGAGAUGUUGUUUGGGCGGAUUGGAAGAGGUGUUAAGACUCAUGCAUCUCUCGGGGUUCUCUGCUGA